UUUGCCGUCGUCUCGAAACGGUUGCGCGCGCAUCAUAAGGUGGCCGACAGCAGCAUGUCUUCCAAAACAAAACAUAUUUAUUAUACUUCUUUUCAUUGCAUGAUUACUCAUGCAUGAGUUAAAUAUCUACCUGUGACAAUAUAUUCGGACUGCAAGGUUAUGUUCAUGUGGUCUCGGCAGAGGACAACUUCUACUUUCUUGGCGUUUCUGCGGAUCAGCAGAGCUCAGACCAGCAAGGAGAUUCUGUCACUCACCUGUCACUCUUCCUCCUCCUCCUCCUCCUCCUCUUCUCCCUCCUCCUGCUCCUCCGGCCUCCAUCGCUCCGUCCAUCAGCCUCUUCUCUCUCGCCUCCUCUCUACUCCCCCUUCCCCCUCCCCUCUGAUGGAGCUGAAGAAGGUUCUAGAAGUGCUGGAGCAGUUCGCUCCCCUCUCAUUGGCCGAGCCAUGGGACAACGUGGGCCUACUGGUGGAACCCAGCCGGCCUCGACCAAUCAGCACCAUCCUGCUGACCAACGACCUCACCGAGGCCGUGAUGGACGAGGCCGAGGCCCUGACCUGUGACCUCAUUGUGUCGUACCACCCGCCGCUCUUCCAGCCAAUCAAACGACUGGUCCAGAGGGACUGGAAGCAGCGAUUGGCCGUGCGUGCGCUGGAGGGCGGGAUCGCCGUCUUCUCCCCCCACACCUCCUGGGACAGCGUCCGGGGCGGGGUCAACGACUGGCUGGUGGCCGGGCUGGGGUGUGGCCAGGUGAGUGUUCUAAGCCAGGCCCUCGCUAGCGGCCCCUGCAGGUUCAAGCUGGAGUUCAAAGUGAGGAACGCAGAAGAACUUCAGCCAAUCGCAGAGCAGCUGAAGAAAGAGGACAGCAAGACCACACUGACCCACUCCGUCAAUAGCUGCGAGGCUGAAGGAUUAGUGGCUAGUGUACUCUGUAGUGAUACAGCGCUGCCCUCUGCUGUCCAGACACUGCUACAACACGGAGUCGCCAGCCAGGCACUUGCCAUACUAAAGACUGAGCAGCCUCCCCUCCCGGGUCACGGCCAGGGCCGACUCAUCGUCCUGGACCAGUCCGUAACCGUGGCCACGGCCGUGGAGAAGAUGAAGUCUCACCUGGGCAUGAAGCAUCUGAGACUAGCUCUGGGCUCUGGACACACAAUGGAGUCCACAGUGAGCCGUGCUGCAGGGUGUGCUGGAUCCGGGGCGUCCGUUUUGAAGGGCGUCCGCGCCGACCUCUAUGUCACAGGGGAGAUGUCCCACCAUGAGGUCCUGGAUGCGGUUGCCAGUGGAGCCAGCGUCAUCCUCAGUGACCAUAGCAACAGCGAGCGUGGCUUCCUGGCCGUGGUCAAGGAGAAGCUGGGCGCGCGCCUGCCGGACUCCGUUACCGUGGCGAUCUCCAAGGCGGACUGGGACCCCCUGGAGGUGGUCUGACCGUAGAUGGUUACCGUGGUGAUGAUGAUGUGACCAUGGCGACCAGGUUCUGCUGGUGGACAUCAAGACCACCUCAAGAAUAACAAUAUCAACAACAACAAUAAGAAGUCCUCCAUGUACAUGCUGUCAGAUAAUAAACGGUUGCUUAUCCA